CCAAAGUUGAUUCUGGUUGGGGAAAAUGCCUCGGAGUCCACGGAGAGGGAGAUCCAGGCACUGGGCUUUCUCAAGAUACACGACGGGUGCGACAAGCCGCUUGUAGCCACGCCCCAGCACUACAUGUCCCUUCUGCGCACCUACCGCGACAUCUACGCCAUGAAGAAGACUGGCAUCGAGAAGCGCAGAGAUCACCUCAAGGUGGGAACAUCGAAAUUGAACGAGGCCAAGGAGAUGGUUGACAAGCUCAAGUCUAACGCUGCUGAACAGCGCAAGCUGCUUGCUGAGAAGCAAGCUGAGGCUGACAAUGCACUACAGCAGAUAACAACAAGCAUGACGAGCACGAGCGACCAGAAGAUGGAGAUGGAGGCGCUCAAGGAAAAGAUGGAGCAGGAGAACAAGAAGCUCUCCAAGCGCAAGAAGGAGAUUGACCUGGAACUGGCCCAGAUCGAGCCCCUCAUCCAAGAAGCCAAGGCGGCAGUGGGGAGCAUCAAGUCGGACGCGCUGUCGGAGAUCCGCUCCCUGCGGGCCCCUCCGGACGUCAUCCGAGACAUCCUGGAGGGCGUGCUGCGGCUCAUGGGCAUCUUCGACACCUCCUGGGUCAGCAUGAAGAGUUUCCUGGCAAAGAGAGGCGUCAAGGAAGAGAUAUUGGGUUUUGACGUCCGCUCCGUGACGCCCGAGAUCAGGCAGAGUGUCCAGGAACUCCUUGUGAAGAAUCAGUCUUCCUUUGACGUCAAGAAUGCUAAAAGGGCGUCUGCGGCUGCUGCUCCGCUGGCGUCCUGGGUUCAGGCCAAUGUCAAGUAUGCGGAAGUUCUCCAGAAGAUCGGACCCCUGGAGGCGGAACAGGCAAAGCUGAAAAAGAACCUGUCGACCGCCGAGCGUCGGAUGGACAAGCUGGGCAGCGCUCUGGAAGAUGUGGACCAAGAGGUGUCUCGGCUCAGGGACCGCCUGAACCAGUUCACCAAGGAGGCGGCGCAGAUCGAGAUCAACCUGCGCUCCGCGGACGAGACCAUCGGCACCGCCGAGGAGAUGGUGCUUCAGCUCGAAGGGGAGUACCAGCGCUGGACCAAGCAGCUCGCAGGAAUGGAGGAAGAGCUGUCGCAACUCCCUCGUCGCUGCCUGCUGGCGUCCGCAUUCCUGACCUACCUCCCCGCUCAGCCCGAAGAAGUGCGCGGCUCCUUCGUUGGGCGCUGGUGCCAGAUGCUGAGCCUGGCCGACUUCCGGCUGUGCUCGUUCCUUGGCUCGGAGAAGGAGCAGCUCACGUGGAAGGCGGAGGGACUGCCAGCCGACCCACUGUCUCUGGAGAACGCAGUGUUGCUCUUGCAGUCUUCCCUGUGUCCCUUUGUGAUCGAUCCCUCGAGCCAGGCGACCGAAUGGCUCAAGCGCCAUCUCAAGGACCUUCAGCUCGAAGUGGCCACACAGCGGGACUCCAACUUCCUGACCACCCUGGAGCUGUCAGUUCGCUUUGGCAAGUCCCUUCUCGUGAGGGAUGUCGACUACCUGGAGCCCAUCCUGUACCCACUGCUCAGGAGGGAUCUCAUCAACCAAGGCUCCAGAUGCGUGGUUCAGAUUGGGGACAAAACGGUGGACUACAACGAGAACUUCAAGCUGUUCCUGGUCACCCAGAAUGCGUCGGUUGUUCUCCCGCCGUUCGCCACCUCCCUGGUCAUGACCGUCAACUUCACCACGACCAGGGCUGGUCUCUCGGAACAGCUGCUGCAGACGGUGCUGGGCGAGGAGAAGCCUGAGUUGGAGCGGCGCCGGAGCGACCUGCUUCGGGAGGAAGAGGACCUGCGGGUGCGCCUGUCCCAGCUGGAGGACUCGCUGCUGGAGCAGCUGGUGUCCUCCCAGGGAGACCUGCUGGCCAACCGUGGUCUGCUGUCCUCCCUGCACCGCACCAAGGCCAGCAGCCUGGGCAUAGAGGCCGCCCUCGGAGAGUCUCACCGGCUCCAGGAGGCGCUCGACCAGGAAAGGAAGGCCUACCUUCCCCUGGCCCACUUUGGGAGUGAGCUCUACUUCCUGACCAGGCAGCUGGUCAAGCUGAACCACAUGUACGUCUUCAGCCUGGCCUCCUUCCUCAGGCUCUUCAUCUCGGCCCUCAAACAGAGCACGUCUGGCAACAAAGGGGAGAAACACCUGAAGCAGGUGCAGAAGUCUUUCCUGCAGCUGGUCUACGAACACAUCUGCCGCUCGCUCUUCAAGAAGGACAGGAUCGCCUUCUCACUCCACCUGGUGCACGGCAUGUUCCCCCACCUCUUCAAGGAGAACGAGUGGGAGGUCUUCACGGGGAUGCUGGUGACCGACGCCAAGUUCGACAAGGAGAGCGUACGGGCCGAGUUGCCGGGUUGGAUAGAAGACGAGCGGGCCUUGGCGGUGGCACUUCUCAAGAACCUUUUCCCGGAGCUUUCGUCGGCGCUUCAGCUGGAGAACCAGGAGCUCUGGCGGGGCUUUGCGGAGAGCAGCCACUGCGAGCGGGAGAUCCCGGAGGCGGUGGCCAAGAGGCUCACGCUCUUCCAGCAGACGCUGCUCGUCCAGGCGCUGAGGCCCGACCGUCUCGUCAGUGCACUCACGCUCUUCGUCAGCAGGGUUCUUGGUUUGAGGGAGCUGUCCCCCCAGGCGCUCAAUUUCCAGCGACUGCACGCGGCAGAGAGCGGCGCCACAGAGCCGAUCUUAAUUGUGACCUCUCCGAGCGUGGAUGCCUCCCAGGAGCUACUCGAUGUUGCCAACGCAGUCAGGGGCUCCAACAAGUACCACCAGGUGUCAAUGGGACAAGGGCAGAUGGACCUGGCCCUGGAGUACUUGAAGACGUGCGCGCAGGAAGGCUCCUGGCUCUGCCUCACGAACCUCCACCUGGUCAUUGGCUGGCUGCCCCGCCUCGUCAAGGAAAUAGCAGCACUACGGCCUCACCAGGACUUCCGACUGUGGCUUACGACGGAGGCGCACCCCAAGUUCUCCAGCGUCUUGCUCGAGAUGUGCCUCAAGGUGACCUACGAGGCCCCACCGGGAGUAAAGAGAAACCUACAGAGGACCUACAGUGGCUGGACACCGCAGACCAUUUCUGUGCGCGGAAACCUGCUCUGCUCUCAGGCGUACUUUGUGCUAGCCUGGUUCCAUGCAAUCGUGCAGGAACGUCGCACCUACAUUCCUCAGGGGUGGACCAAGUUCUACGAGUUCAGUCUGGCAGACCUUAAGGCAGGUGCCGACAUCGUGGAUCGCCUCUGCAGGAAAGAGUCCGGCACGGUGGAGUGGGAGUUCCUGAGGGGCCUGUUUGAGACGGCCGUGUACGGCGGGAGGGUGGACAACCCCUUCGACAUGCGGGUUCUCCGCUCCUACCUGGGCCAGUUCUUCGACUCUGCCGUCGUCUCGGGGACUCCGCGGUCCAAGAGGAACCUGGCGCCCAGCGUCGCCGUCCCCACCGCCCCCGACUACGAGGUGCACCUGAAGGUGAUUGAGCAGAUAGCGGACGAAGACUCCCCUGCCUACUUCGGCCUGCCGUCCAAUAUCGACCGCUCCGUCCAGCGGACGCUGAGCGCCCAGGCCGUCUCCCAGCUGAGGACGCUGGCCAGGCCCUCCGAGGCCGCAGGGAAGCUGGACGUCCAGGGCUGGAGCUCCGAGCUGUCCCCCGUCCUCAACCUCUGGAAGAAGCUCAACCAGGGCUCACAGCUGAUCCAGACACGUCUGCCGGCAACGUCGGAUCCUCCGGAGGGCUCGCGGCAGUCUCCGAUCGAAAGCUUUCUGAAGCUGGAGCACCGCAGCGGGAUCCGCCUGGUGCAAGAGAUCCACGCUACCCUGGCCAGCCUGAGCAAGGUCAUUCGGGGCACCGCCCUCCUCACCGCAGAGGUCAAGGAAGCUGCCACGGCACUGGUCAACCACCAGGUGCCAGCCCAGUGGCUCAAGCGCUGGGAAGGACCAGAGGAGCCGCUGCCCUUCCUGCGGGGUGUCGUGGGGCGGGCACUGGCCGUCGGCGGCUGGAUCCACAAGUUUGACGCAGGGACCCUGCUUCGGGAUCCCCUCGAGUUGUCGGACCUGUUCCGACCGGACACCUUCCUCAAUGCCCUGCGGCAGCAGACGGCAAGGGAAGCGCACGUUCCGGUGGAUGGCCUGCACUUCGUGACGUCGUGGAAAGGCGGCAUUGCGGGGGCGACCUUGACGGUGACCUUGAGCGGACUGCAGCUGGAGGGGUGCUCCUUCGACGGCUUGCGUCUGGCGCAGUGCCGCCACAACUCCCCCAGCGUGUCGUCCGUCCCCGCAUGCUUGGCUGCCUGGCUGCCCAAGAGUUCUCCGCCACCCUACCCCGAGGCUGGCAGCAUCCUCCUGCCGCUCUACUCCGGCGUCGAACGGGAGAAGGUGGUGGCAACCCUGUCGCUGCCCUGCGACGGGGACCGAAACCAGUGGCUGCAGUGCGGUGCCGCGCUUUUCCUCAAGAGCGUGUGACGCCCGACACUCCGUCGGCCAAAUGUAUGUGCAGUGGGAACGCCUUCAAGGACGUUCGCACAACGGGGGAAAAAAAAAAAAAAGGAAAAGUCUGCCUUCACGAGGACCUGUUCGGCCAAUAGGACCGGCCAUUUUGAUAGAUUUUGGAAGUCUCCAACACCCCACAAAAAGGAUUUUUUUUUGCACGAGAAGGGUUAGGUGGUUUUUAUGAUCACUAGUGAAGAUGGGUGCCUCGGACGGCCUAUUACUUCUCGUUGUUUUGUGGCAUUCCUGCACGGGACAAUUUGUUUUUAAAGCGGAAUGUGUUUUAUCAAUUGAUCUCCAUGGAGCUCUAUAAUGCUUGGCUGUAACCACUGGCUGUAAGAGCCAGUGUGUUAUGCCCAUAGGGAGCCAUAUAAAAAAGAUUCAGUAGUCUUGUUGGAUUUUAACUCAGCACCUCGAUAUUGUAAGCAAAGUGUAUUGCCGACUGAGCUAUCCAGCCUCUGUGGUACAGACCACGCAAGAGUGAGCUCGUUCGUGAAUGAACUAGUGCACUCCAUGGCUUUUCCAGUCAUGCAGCGCCUCCUCACGGCCUGUGCCGUUCGAAAGCCCUUCUCUUCGUUCCAGGGAGGCCUAUCACGCAUUCUGCGCUUACCAGACUUUGUCAGCAUCAUCGAGCUCGUAUAACUUUUUGGGAAAAAUAACAAAAGUGGGUUUUGGUUUGGAGAUAUUUUUCCUCGAUUGGCGAGUUCUUACGUUACAAAUGCCUCGUAAAAUUCGGUUCAGACAUUAUCGGACAGUAUAAACGCCGAGGAAAAUUAAUGCAAUGCGAGCCACAACUGUGGAUAUUUGUGUCCCAUCAUUCAUUGGCGUAAUUAGUUGGGGCAUGUCUAUAACACCAUCGUUGCAGACGCUCUGGGUGCCUUUUUUUCUGGUAGAAGCUCAAUAGCCCUGCAUCCUAUUGCUGUCCUUGUGCAACCACAAAGCUUGUUUCCUGACAAUUCAAAAUCUUUAAAGUAUGCGAAAUGGAACAGUCUUGCUCAUGAACACGUUGUUUCGAAUAUUGCGCUCGUCAAGUCCUCCAAAAACCGUAGUCGCAAACACACUGUAGUAUCGAGAUAUUGAAUGUCCAUUUAGUUUUGUAGGGGAACUGCCUUCUUUAUUGUGCCUAAUAAAUUCUAUUCAAAGCCGA